AUGAGUGGCAUUGUGAGUCCUUUGUCUCGACUUCAAGGUUCUACUCCCCAGGUCUUCGAUUCUACAGGUCCUAGGCUUCACUGCUCUGGCUGGAUCAAGCCUGAUGAAGGCUGGUUGAAAGUCAACGUGGAUGGCGCAGUCUGCCAUGCUCUUGGUGCGAGCUGCGAUGGUGUUGUUCGCGACCAUGAGGGGAGAUGGGUGAAGGGCUUUUCUCGCAACCUUGGUUACCUAGAGUCUUCUAAUGUCUUCCUUAUAGAGCUGCUUGCGGUGAGAACAUCUAUGGAGAUGAUCAUGGGUCUCAAUUUACCUCAGGUAAAAUAUUUAGUAGUAUUUUUCAUAAACUCUAUUGCAACAAAGGAUUUGCUCUUUAACAAGUCAAAUACAGGACGUUGA